GCGCUCAUUCACAUCGGUUGAGUUGUGUUGAAACGUUCGUAUCACUUGCCAAGCAAAGCUCGGCGAUUCAGAGCUACCUGUGGCAGCGGCAGCAGGAAGCGUAAGCGCAGUGCGGUGCAGUUUGAAUUUACAAUUUUUAGCAAAAAGCGCAAAUCUGCUUGCCAGCAUGUCCUCCCCGUCGAUGGCAUUCCAGAGCAAGUCACGAAAAUCUUUUAUAGGCAUUUUAUUGCUCACCUUUGUGGCCUUCCUGGCGCAAGGUGUUUGGGCAGCUGACCCGGAUGCGGCGUAUGUCGACACUGAGCUGCACAAGGACAACGAGUUCCCCAGUUUGGCCAAGCGUCCGUCGUUCUUUGUGGGCAGUCGCUAUGGGCGCUCCAGUGGCAAUGGCGCCGUCAGCAAUGGCAUGGGCACCUCGAAGACGCGACGCCUAAUCAUCGUGCCGCGCAACGAUCGAUUCUUUCUGGGCUCGCGCUACGGCAAACGCAGCGAUGAAUACCUCUCGCCCUACGAACAGAACAGCCUGGGUCUGGGCCUGGCCAAGGCCGAACGGGAGCCCAACGAAGCCAGCAAUGAGAAGCCCAGCAGCAGAGCUCGAACCAUGUCCUGCGUCUACACGGGCAUCAGCAACUUCUAUCGCUGCAGCAAUGCCAAUUCUGAGGAGCUCAACCUGGGACUGAACAUGGGACUGGACAACAAUAGUAUAGGCUCGGAGGAUGCCAGCAACAAUGUGAAGUAAGACAUGGCAUGGCAUGACGCAUUCAUUGGCAGACGAUUCUCUGGCUAGUUAAAUAUCCUUGUUAUCCAUUAGCUUCUCAGCUACACCCACACACCCACACACCCACACACACAUACACACACACAAACACAUUCUUUAAUCUUGUUAAAUGGUAUUAAAAUUUUUAACGGGGCUGGAAAAGUUUUAAUACCCAACAAUAACUGUGUAAAUAAGUAAGCAUACAAUAAAA